AAACAAGAUUCUUAAACCUGUUGAUUAGAUUCGUUUAAAAAAACUGAAUGACACAUACAAUCAUUCGUUAUCAUCUAAGAUCAUUAAAAUCGUAUCGUAAUUCGUCCAAUCCAGUAGGUCCUCACAUCCGUCCAUAGAACGGUAACCUUAACAUCUCAUAUUUUGCUAAAUGUGAUAGUAAAUUUUACAUCUUUACAUACAAUUGUACCUUUAAAACGAAAAGAAUGAAAGCCUUUAAAGAAUCUGCUAGUUUAAUCUUAGCAGCGCGUCGCGCACAACAAUAUAUACGUCAAUCGUCACCUACAAACAACGUGGGAAGUUACGUAUACUUUCAGUAUAAUUACGAUCUGCUGUCCCUAAAACGUCACCGGAACUCAAACUUUAUGCCGAGCGCCUACGUAUUCCCCGGAGGUGUAAUCCAUCCAUCGGACACGGACCUUAAAUGGCAAAAUUUAUUCUCCUCGUUCGGAUUCGACAACAACAGCUUUGCCUCUUUGAUACCCAAUGCCGCAACGCGACCGCAGAUCUUUAAACGACGAUCGAACGAAUUGCCUAGAGAAAUUUCCCUAAGAAUUAACGCAAUUCGAGAGACUUUCGAAGAAUGCGGUAUACUGCUCUGCAACAGGAUACAAAAUGGCAGCAAGCGUUCUGAUUGGGCGCAGCAUCUUGAAAUGCCAGAAAAUGAAUUACACGAGUGGCAAGAGAAGGUACAUCUCGAUGCCACGAAAUUUUAUUCCAUGUGUGAGAAAUUUGAAUGCUAUCCUGAUCUGUGGGCUCUUUAUGAAUGGAGCAAUUGGCUGACACCCAGUUUUUUCCUCAAUAGACGAUAUGAUACGGUGUUUUAUAUGGCUUGUAUGCAGAGCGUACCUCCGACCGUGUGCGAGUCAACGGAAAUAGAAGACGUUAAAUGGGAUACACCUAGCAAUCAUCUAUCGUCUACUUCCGUUAAUACAGUACCGCCACCACAAGCGUACGAAAUCACGAGAAUAGCAAAGUUUGAAAGUAUAGAUGAUUUGCUAGAUUUUGCGGUUGAUCGUACUAAAAAAGGCGUGCGGUUAACUUUUCCAAUAAGGGUGAAGCUCCAAAAUGGGAAUGUGCAUGUUCUGCCAGGGGAUUCGAUGUAUCCAAAACUUGUGAGCUUAUACGAGAAACAAGUAAUCGACAGAACUGAUAUCACUAUUGAUGACUUUAAAAACAUAUCACCUAUACUAAAUAGAAUCGAAUUUAUCACUGUUGAAGUAACAAAUUUUAUCGUUCAGAAUUUCGAUACUGAGGAUGACAGUUUGUCACCAAAGAAUUUAGAUGUUCAUAUAAAAUAGAUACAGAAAAAAAUAGAGCAUAUUUUUUCAUGCCAGCGUGUAUUAAUUUUAUUGUAUAAAUCUGACAAUAAAUCGACAAUAAUAUAUAAUAA